AUGGCCGACUCUCGCGACGAUGUCUUCUCUCCUCCCUCCGAAUGGACGGCAGAAGAUGACGACAUGGAGUAUGAGCUUGCAUCCGAAUCCGCCUUCUCACCCACCACAGAAGAGGGCGACAUCGAGGAGGGCACAACGCUGUACUUCGAUGCCGAGGAGGGAACACUACGAACAUCAAAUGGAGCCGAGGUGUUAAUAGAGAUGGAUGGUGAUGAAGAUGAGGACGAUGACGAUGGCGAGUAUGAGGAUGAGGAUGCUUCAACACGGGAGUCGCAAGAGCCAGAGUCGGAAGCAGCAGCGGAGGAAGCGGAUGGAACUCAAACACCUCAGCCUGCCACUGCCGCAGCAGCAAGGCCCCAGAGACAACACUUUACGAUCACUCAACAACAGAUCUUACAACUACUCUCCCAAUCCGGAUUACGCGGCUUCAUCUCAUCAGGUAUCACGACCAGAUCUCAAGCUCACAGAACGGGCCGGGGUCAACACAUGCAGCUCGAUGAUGAUGAUAAUGAUGAUGAUGAAGCAGCCGACGACGACGACGAUGACGAUGACAGCGACGCCUACCUGGGUUAUGCCACGCGAAGAUCUCGCAGAAAUCGCAGCACCUUCGUCGGCGACCGAUACCCCAAGAUUCCGUCGGAGAAGGGUCGCGAACUGAUGGACAGCGGCACGUUUGGAACGAACGACCACUGCGAACACACCUCUUGUGGCUUGCCGUACUCCGAAACCGAUAUCGGCAAACGCCGGAAGUUGGCGCGGAGAAUGCUGGACCGCGAGAUGGGAGUCGAAAGUCGAGGCCGCGCGCGAGCCCUCAAUGGACUCGCCGCCCAGAACAUGAUUCCCAGCUCCAAGGCCGACCUGAUCGUCAAUCUGAACGCACGGUGCUAUUCCGGCCAAUUCAGUGAAGAUGGCUCCUUCUUCUUCGCCUGUGGGCAGGACUUUAAAGUGCGAAUGUACGACACGUCCAACCCUUACGACUGGAAGUACUACAAGACCGUCAACUACUACGGCGGCCAGUGGACCAUCACCGACGCAACCCUUUCACCAGACAACAAACAGCUCGCCUACAGCAGCAUCCGAAGCCAGGUAUGUCUUGCCAACACCGAUCAAAGCGACACCUCCGAGCCCAGACUGCUCGACUUUUCCGACAUGGGCGCUGGCGGUCAUAGUCACCAGUGGGGUCGGAGUAGAGGCCAUUUUGGAAUCUGGAGUUUGCGCUUCAGUGGCGAUGGCGGAGAGAUCGUCGCGGGCACGGGUGACCAAAGCGUCUACGUCUAUGACCUCGAGGCGCAGCGGAGUAUCUUGAGAAUCCCCGCACAUACCGACGAUGUCAACGCGGUUUGCUUUGGAGACAAGAUGAGUCCGCACAUCCUCUACUCCGGCUCCGACGACACCACGCUCAAGGUCUGGGAUCGAAGGUCGUUGGCAUCCAUGAGGCCGGCUGGACUCUUUCUAGGACAUACAGAAGGCCUGACAUACAUCGACUCCAAAGGCGACGGCAGGUAUGUUAUUAGCAACGGCAAAGAUCAAACGUGCAAGCUGUGGGAUUUGAGGCAUAUGAUCAACACGGAUGAGGGAGAGCGGAUCAAUCCACAGGACUACACGACCGGUUUCGACUACCGCUUCUCGCCAUACGAUAUGGACAGCCACGAGCCUCACCCGCAUGAUUGCUCCCUCGUGACCUUCCGCGGCCAUCGCGUUCUUAAAACCCUCAUCCGCUGUCACUUCAGCCCACCAGGCAGCACUGACGGCCGCUACAUCUACUCCGGCUCCCACGACGGCAAAAUCUACAUCUGGAACAUGGACGGCACCAACGCCGGCCAGCCCAUCAACGUCCUCGCCGCCACCAAGAACUCCCGGCCCCCAGGCGACGAGAGGUACGUGGACCGCUACGACCACUACGGCCGCGGCGGCAUUUGGAAAACGAUUGUGCGCGACUGCUCCUGGCAUCCCUACGCGCCCGUCAUCGCCGCGACGAGCUGGAACGGGUGGGACCACGGGCUCGGCACGUGCACGGUGCAUUCGUGGUCGGACGGCGCGGACGGCGACGAGAUUGGGGAUUUCAACGAGGCGGCGUGCAGGACGGGCGAGGCGUUUGCGCACAAGCCUAGUCUGGGCAGCACGCCGAUGGGCGCGAGAGUGACGGCGCAGCUGCAUCAUGAUGAGAGGUACUAUGGUGGGGUGAAUCCGCAGCAGACUUCUGCGAGGCGGACGAGGCUGAGCAACAGGAUGGGUUUGGGGAGCUUGUGGGCGGGAGACGACGAUGGGGAUGAUGUCUGA